AUGUAUGAUACUGUGCCAGACACUCCCAUUCGGGCCAAAAAGGCUACAGAGCCCGUAGCCCCAGAUACUCCAGAAGACGACGGCGACUACGACACCAUUGCCACAGUCCCGCUCGCGCAUCCUUCACUUACCCCCUCCCAAAGGUUCACGCAACCCACACAGCUUGUCGAAAUGCCGAAUCCACAUUCAAAUUCACGGGGCUCCAUCAUUCAAGUCGCCCAGUCCUCACCCACUGCCCCUGCAACUUCACCUCCACGCCGCGGUGGUUUAUUAUCCUCACUUAUGGCGCCGUCUGGUACUCAAUUCCGUCCCCCUGCGAACGCCGCCCGUCCGGCUAAACGACCCGUCAUUGAUCUCGACGAUGCUCCUACCUACCGAGGAGGUUCAUCAGACGAAGAAUCCAAUUACACUAUUAGAUCCACCGACAUAAAACCCUCCAUGUUCGAGAAGACCCGGAGCCCUGAGAAGGUUUCUGAGUCGCCGGUACGUGCCAAUGGCGCAAUGGAUAGGUUUAAAGAAAUCACAGCAUCAGCAAUCUACGACCCAUCCAUCAAUGGAGUCAAGCGCUCAGCAGAUCAAAUGAGCCCCAAUGGACAAAAGGGCGUUGCAAUUAAAAAAUUUAGACAGGUUGCGCCCUCCCGCGCCUUACCUGUGACCGACAAGGUAUUGGAUGUGCAGGCCAUUGACGAUUACCGGGUUCGUGUCAAAGUUGAGCGCAUGCUGAGCGUUAUGCCCAACAAGUCUGUCGACGAAUGCGUGUCAGCCCUCAUACUCAUGAACGGAAAUUACGACAACGCUUUGGAUCACCUUUCUGAUCAUCAAGCCUUAACAAAAAACGGUUCCCCAAUUCUCAUUAAUUCAUCUGACGAUGAGCUGAGUGCUGCAUCCACACCUGCCCCAGCAGCCCCGAUGGCCAAGCAACAGAUCAAAGCCCGCGGUACGAUCCACGAUAAAUGGACGGCACGAAACUUGCAAACUUCCCGGAAUCAAGGCCCAGCUGAAGAUGUUAAGCCCGGCCGUCGACUAAUGCGUGGCCCGAGAAGCCGUGAAAAUUCAUCUAUAGCCCCAAUUACUAUCGAUUCCGAUAACGACAGCCAGCCCAAGAAAAAGGCGGGCCGUCUUCAAAAGGGCCGUCGAGAUCGUUCACUCUCUCGCUCUGAGUCCAUUGAAGCAGCCAUGUCGGAUUCAGACGAUUCAGACGUACGAGUACAAGACCAUACUCUUGAUGCUUUGAGUUCCAAGGUCCUGAAAUUCUUUAACACUUGCAACGCUCGUGAUCUUGCCGAUAUCGUGUCUGUUCCAGAGGACACAGCCAGCCAUAUAAUUUCAUUUCGUCCCUUUCAUUCGCUCGACGAUGUUCGGGCUGUUCCCACUCCAGUUGAUCCGUCCAAGCCUAAGCCUAAGGGCAAGCCACGAAAAGCCCCUGUCCCAAUCGGCCAAAGAAUUGUUGAAAAGUGUACAGAAAUGUGGAACGGAUAUUUGGCGAUUGAUUCUCUUGUGGCGGAGUGUGAAGCACUUGGAAAGCCAGUUGCUACAGAGAUGAAGAAAUGGGGUGUUGAUAUGUUUGGAAAAGCUGAUGGUGAUUUUGAUCUGGUUUCGAUGAAUAAAGCCAAUGCUCAUGAUUCUGGAAUUGCUACUCCUUCAUCGAACCACCCGUCCGGAAAUGAUUCAGACGACGAAGGCCCAGUGACCACUUCCCGCAAGUCCAAGACGAACUCAGGCUUCAUUUCACAACCGUCCAUAAUGGCAGAUGACUUAGUGAUGAAGGAUUAUCAGGUUGUGGGAAUCAACUGGCUGGCCCUGCUAUUCCAGAAGAAAUUAAGCUGUAUCCUGGCAGAUGAUAUGGGUCUUGGUAAGACCUGUCAGGUUAUUGCUUUCCUUGCACAUCUGUAUGAGAUUGGUAUCAAGGGGCCUCAUCUUAUUGUCGUACCGUCCUCAACCAUCGAGAACUGGCUGCGAGAAUUCCAGAAGUUCUGCCCGGCUCUUUCAGUGAUACCCUAUUAUGCUGGACAGAAUGAGCGUGCCGAGCUCAGAGAACAGAUCGAGGAUAAUCGCGAUAACAUCAAUGUAGUAAUCACCACUUACACAAUUGCUCGUGGCAAGCUCGAUGCGAAAUUCCUGAGAGAUCAAGAUUUCACAGCCUGUGUGUAUGAUGAAGGACAUAUGUUGAAAAAUCAUCAAUCGCAACUAUACGAUAAACUUGUUCGGAUUCGUGCCAAAUUCCGUCUACUCCUAACAGGUACACCUCUUCAAAAUAACCUGCAAGAACUGGCCUCUUUACUUGGAUUUAUUUUACCCGGGGUCUUCAAUGAGCACAAAGAAGAUUUGCAAGCUGUUUUCUCAAAUAAAGCCAAGACUUCCGAUGACUCCCAUGCAGCACUGCUAUCCGUUCAACGUAUCGAACGAGCCAAAUCGAUGCUGAAGCCAUUUGUGCUUCGUCGCAAGAAGCACCAAGUCAUUGACCUACCUGCUAAACACUCAUAUGUCAAAUACUGUGCAAUGAAAAGUUCUCAAAUUGAGAUUUACGAACAUGAACAGGAGCAAGUUCGUCAGCUAUUAGCAGACCGUGCUGCUGGUAAGAAGACCGGGUCCAAGUCCGCCAAUAUCCUUAUGAAGCUCCGACAAGCCGCAAUUCAUCCUCUUCUCGCUCGUCGCCAUUAUGACCAGGAGACACUCCGCAAAAUGUCCAAGGCAUGCUUAAAGGAACCACAAUGGUCACUCUCUGACCCAGACACCAUAUACACCGAACUAGAGAAUUACAAUGACUUUGAAUGUCAUUCCUUAUGUUCCGCAAAUCCCAGUUCGCUCGGAAAGUUCAAGCUGAAGAAUGACGAAUGGAUGGACUCAGGUAAAAUCGACCAGCUCCGUGAGCUUCUCCUCAAGUUCAUUGCAAACGGAGACCGAACCCUCAUUUUCUCCCAAUUCACCUUGGUCAUGGACAUCCUGGAACACGUCCUUGAGACUCUGCGCAUUGAAUUCGUCCGACUAGAUGGUCGCACAAACGUCGAAGACCGUCAAUCAAUCCUGGACGCCUUUUACGAGCGUGAAGAAAUCCCUGUCUUCCUCCUUUCCACCAAAGCGGGUGGUGCUGGUAUCAACCUUGCAUGCGCCAACAAGGUCAUUAUCUUUGACUCGUCCUUCAAUCCUCAAGAGGAUGUUCAAGCUGAGAAUCGUGCCCAUCGUGUUGGUCAGACUCGUGACGUGGAGAUCUUCCGAUUCGUUACUAGUGGUACUAUUGAGGAACAGAUAUAUGCUCUUGGGCAGACGAAGUUGGCUCUCGACCAGGCUGUCGCGGGUGAUGAUGCUGAAGCUUCGAAGAAGGGCGAGGAGGCCGGUCUCAAAGCUGUCGAAUCUAUGUUUGUGGCUGACAUGGAGAACAAAAAGGCAGAGAAAUAG